UAGAACCUGUCGUUCUCCAGAGACGAGGGGAGAUGCUAAAUUUUAGUUUCACUUCUAAGUCUUCUCGCAGGUAAUGUGCUCGGUAAUUGACUGUCCACCUCUGUACGCACUGUCGUCGCCACCUCCAGUCUGGUAGCAGCCGUUAGCUACAUUCGCUCAUUCAUUUGUUGCCUUUCCGCUUGUACCGACAGCGCUUCCUCCUAGAAAACCAUGGCUGGUCCUGUGGCUUCAGAAGAGCAGAAAUUCUCUUUACAGGAGGUGCUCGACACUUUCAGUUUGUGUCUGUCGGAAAGUAAAGAGGUCUAUCUGGAACACUACGUCGCUGGGUGGCGUGGUCUUGUAAAGUUUUUAAACAGCUUGGGGAGUGUCUUUGGCUUCAUUUCCAAGGAUGCUGUCAACAAGAUCAAGAUCCUGGUCUCCCACCUGGAUGGUGAGAACGGGUCUCAGUAUAUCACCGUCCAGUCAAUGGUUAAAUAUGAGCUGGAGAAGGAACUAGUGGACCUGAGCAAGAGAGGCAGCCACCCAGAGUCAGGCUGCCGUACUCUGCUGAGGCUCCACCGUGCACUGAGGUGGCUGGAGCUCUUCCUGGAGCGCCUCCGCACCAGCAGUGAGGACAGCAAGACAUCAGUCAUGUGUGCAGAGGCCUACAAUGAGUCUCUUGCCCAGCACCAUCCUUGGGUGAUCCGUAAGGCUGCAGGCAUGGCGUUCUGCGUGCUCCCAGGGCGUCCCGCUUUCCUGGAGGUGAUGAAUGUAGGCACCCCGGAGCAGGCCGUGGCCAUGCUGGGGGAAGCUCUGCCUCUGAUCUCUGAGGUGUACCAGAUCACAGAGGAACUUUACGCACAACAUAACCUGCUUGACUUACCUUAGAGAGCAGCAAGUGCUAUUAUUCAUCACUUUACACAUUACAUGAUUAAAUAUGUACAACUUCAACCCUGCUGAAGGGCUGUCAGGCUAGCUACUACUGAUGUUUGGUGGUGUUAAGUGUUGUGAUUUCUCUUUACAAAUAAUUAAGUAUCAUUACACUGACCCUAAUCUCUACCAACAGCAUUGCCAGGGUUCAAUAUACAUAAAACUACUGUUAAUUGUAAUAUUGCACGUUUAAAUGUUAUAAUAUACCUCUGAAUGACCUUUUUAAAUCUGUUUUUACUUGUACAUUUGUUUUUAAUUUAAAUCAGUGAAGGGAACAACAGAGGGGUCUUUGCUCACUGCUAGCAGCUGUUUGUUUUCAUUAUUUAUCAAAAGUAAGAGACCAAAAUGGUUCUUCAUAUUUAGGGGAAACAUUAAUCUGCUUCUAUUUUGAGAAUAUUUGAAAUUCUCAGUACUCAAAAUGUAACAAAUAUGCAAAUUUUCUCUAUCUAUUUUCUCUAUUAUGUAAUAAUACGGCCAUAAAAUCAGAUUUUGUUUAAUCGUCUCAUGCCAUAUUUCACUCCAGUACUGACAUAUUUAUGCUCCUGGUACAUGGUGGGAAUUGCUUUCUUCUAAUAGAUUAUCUGAUACUGGAUGAUACCAGAUACUCUAUUUAAUAGUUUGGCCUUGUAAAGAUACGGAAAAAAAGACCACAGGCAAACUGCAGCCUUUAUGGGUCAGUAAUAGUUUCCAGACCACUUCUCCAAAGAGGAAAAGAAGAAAACAUGCUAACAGAACAAAAUUUAUCUGGGAGGUAAACAAAGCAAAACAUUAUCAACAGAAGUGCUGGAAUAAUGUUGAUCAUUAAAUUCCUAUAGAGAUAUAUAUGCAGUUCAAUGGGCAUCAAACACUUUGUUUGUACUUUAGGAAUGUUUUUUGGUAAUUUAUGAAACAAAAGCUUUUAGUAGUUGGACUCAGAGUUGUUAAACCCACUGUAUAUGAGCUCAAUGUGAUUUUUUUUCUUUUCAUUUAAAUUAUAAAUGACCAAAUAUGCUGUUACUCUUCAUUUGAGGUGAUUGGUGUAUUGUUUUACAAGAAUGUACUGUAUUUCGUAUACACACACACGUAUAUACAUAUAUAUAACCAUUAAUUCAACGGAAUUUAUAAACAGUAUAUCUUAAUAAAAAUGUUCCACUUG